AUGGCUGUGGCCAUUCCUGCCAGGUUCAAUGUAGCCGAAUGUAUCAUGUGCAAGUCGGCUGUAAAAGUCGCUGCUCCAAACCUAGGCAAAGACACGCUUCAUAUUGAGCAGGAAUUUGACAAAGAGUGUCAAAAAGAACUCAAGAUUCCAAUAGAAAACAAGGAAUGCGAGAACUACGUAAACGAACACCUCGACCCUAUCAUCCAUGAGCUCGAAUCCGGAACUGCACCUAAAGAUGUUUGCACUAAACUUCACGGCUGCUAA